UCCUCCGAUCCGAGACCAUCUUUCGAGAGCGUCGCAAGCAGCGGGACGGACGAGGACGUUCCGGUCUGGUUCAUGACAGCGCCGGAAGUGGAAGAUACGGUCGAUAGGACAGGCAGACGGACAGCGGGGGAGCGGGACGAGCAAUGCGACAGACGCAGACGGGAGGUCUAGAUUUAGAGGGCACGUGUCGGGAGGGGCGACGGGGAAAGCGAAAGCGGAGGAGGAAGAGACGAAGCGGAGCCCGAGGAUAGACGGGACGAGGAGCGGGGGGCGACGGGCCGCGGGCCUUUCAGCGGAGCACGGCGGGGCGGGCGGGCGCCGGAAAGCGCGGAGGGACGAGGUUUGCCUUGCCACUUGGAAAGGCGGAUACUCGGGAAAUGAGCGAAUUGGGGACAUUGAGCGACGCCAGGCCGCCCCUCGAGGGCCUGCUGUCUGUCUAAGAGGCCGCCUCGCGCGUCGCAUCGUCCAGUUUCCCUUCCCUUCCCUUCUCGUCUCCUCCCUCCCUCCCUCCCUCGCUCUGUCCCAGCUCAUCUACAUUCCGAUCACUGUUGUUCGCCUGUGGCACAUUUUCUUUGCCCGCUUGGAGCUGGUGGGCAUUGCUCUUUUGGCGUCACGGAUCUUUUCGCGAGAACGAGGAUGACGGGAAUAAUUUGGUGAUGAAAAUUCACUUCUUGUGUCCGCGGGGGAGGUAGUGAUGCAGCCGAGGCAUUAGAGGAGGAGGAGGAGGAGGCAGAGGCGGAUGAAUAAGACUUUUUUCGUUAUGAAUGAAGGAGGACAAUGGACGUAUCCCGACUGUUGGGCUCGUUGUGUAAUAUAGGGGAGAAUAAUAGGAGCACCUGUCAUCUACAGAGCGCAUGCAACAGUUCGCACGGUGGAGAGCUACCAUGGGAGAAGUUUGCUUUGAAAUUUGUGCUUAGAGCCUGCGGUCAUCAUAUCGGCGCCGUCAUUCUUCACCUCUUCUUUCUCACCCUGUGGUCUGGAUGCUUUGUCUGGAGAAAUAAACUUACCUCCAGUGGUGGGGCGAACAAUGACUCGUCGAAGAAUCGCAAAUCGUUAAGCCAAAAACCAGACCUCAGAUUGGCUUACAAAGCGACGCUUGGUGCCUGCGUCUGCCUUCUGGUACUGAAUUGGGUUAUUGCCGGAUGGGUGCUGCUGUUUGGUUGGUUUCAAGGAUGGCAAAAGUAUCCAGUUCUCAUUGCAUCUGCUGCGGUGACCCAGGGAAUAGCCUGGCUGGUCAUAUCGCUUUUAACGAAGAAUUCAAGUGGUGCAAACAGAGAGAGAUAUCCAGGUCUUCUGCGAGCCUGGUGGAUUCUCUCUUUCAUCUGGUCUCUGUCGGCUCUUCCCAGGUACUAUGUGCUGCCAGACAGCAAUAAUUUUUUUUCGUUGACAGGACUUUGGGACGCGACAUCAUGUGUCGCAGAAGGUUACUUGUUUCUCAUGGCAGUGCGUGGCAGCACGGGUUUCCGCCAGGCGAACGAUGGUCUGCAAGAGCCUCUCUUGAAUGGACAUAAAUAUGAGAAAUGCGGAAAGCAAAGGGUCACAGAUUACAGCAAAACAAGCUUCAUUGGUUCAGCUACGAUAUCUUGGCUCAAUCCUUUACUUGCUGUCGGUAGACGGAAGCAUCUGGAGCUCAAGGACAUCCCUUUGCUUAUACCCAGGGAUAGAGCAGAAGCAUCCUUUUCAGCUUUCAGCGCGAGUUGGAAUAAGCUGAAGGAGGACAAACCUUCAAGUCCACCAUCUCUCGCUAAGGCCCUCGUCAAAUCUUUCUGGAGGGAAGCUGUGUGGACAGGUGCAUUUGCCGCAAUUAACUCCUGUGCAACAUAUGUUGGUCCUUACUUGAUAGUUGACUUCGUCAAUUAUCUUGGUGGGAAGCGAAGAUUUCGAUAUGAAGGCUACGUUCUGGUCAUCAGUCUGUUUGGUUCCAAGUUCAUAGAAACUCUUGCCCAGAGACAAUGGCAGUUCGGAACUCAGGUUUUGGGUCUUCAUAUUCGAUCUGCAUUGACAGCUUUCGUGUAUCGAAAAGGCCUUAGCUUAUCGAGCCGAUCUCGGAUGAGCCAUGCAACGGGAGAAAUUAUCAACUACAUGGCUGUGGAUGUGGAGCGUGUCGGCGAAUUCUCCUGGUAUCUGCACGACAUUUGGGUUCUGCCCUUACAGGUGCUUCUAGCUUUGGCUAUUCUCUACAAAACGGUUGGUUUAGCAGCUAUAGCGACAUUCGUGGCCACUGGAAUCACUUUACUCAUCAAUCAGCCGGUGGCAAACAUUUCAGAAGGUUUUCAAGACAAAUUGAUGGAAGCUAAAGACGAGCGCAUGAAAGCUCUUUCAGAGGCUUUGAGGAGCAUGCGAAUUUUGAAACUGCAAGCAUGGGAACGAAGGUAUCUCGAAAAGCUGGAAUAUCUCAGGAAAAUAGAAUGUGAUUGGCUGGCAAAAGCGCUCUAUGCUGCAGCUGCUUCCACUUUCAUUUUCUGGUCUGCACCGAUGUUUGUAGCUGCUUCCACGUUUGGGACCUGUGUAUUUUUAGGUGUCCCUCUUACUGCCGGGAGGAUUCUGUCGGCCAUAGCUACUUUCAGGGCUUUGCAGUCUCCUCUAGAUGGCUUUCCGGACUUGGUAACUGUAAUGGCUCAAACCAAAGUCUCACUAGAUCGUUUAAAGAGCUUUCUACAGGAAGAAGAGUUGCCGCUUGAUGAUGUCAUUCAUUUAUCAUAUGAAGAGGCCGGAUUGGAUGGAGAAGACGAAGAUUAUUCGUCGCUGGAAAUAGAAGGAGGAAAUUUUAGCUGGGAUCCAUCCGCGGAAGUUGCAACAUUAAGGCAUAUAAAUAUGCACAUUAGUCGGGGAGCAUGUGUGGCGAUUUGUGGCACUGUUGGUUCUGGAAAGUCGAGUCUUCUUUCAUGCAUCCUCGGAGAAAUACCCAAGAUUACUGGCACUGUUAAAGUUACUGGAACAACUGCCUACGUUGCUCAAUCUCCUUGGAUACAAAGUGGUACAAUUGAAGACAACAUCCGAUUUGGAAGUCCAAUGGAGUACAUGAGAUACAAGAAUGUCCUUCGGGUUUGUGCACUGGAAAAGGAUUUGGAGCUAUUAGCCUUCGGUGAUCAGACACAGAUUGGCGAGAGGGGAAUAAAUCUGAGUGGAGGCCAGAAACAGCGGGUUCAGCUAGCUCGGGCUGUUUAUCAAGAUGCUGACGUCUAUCUAUUGGAUGAUCCUUUUAGUGCUGUCGAUGCCCAUACUGGUAGCUACCUCUUUAAAGAAUGUGUUCUUAUGACGUUGGCGAGCAAGACUGUGAUAUAUGUAACACAUCAGGUGGACUUUUUACCAGCAGCGGACAUUAUCUUGGUAAUGCGAGAUGGAGAAAUUGUGCAAGCUGGGCAAUACGAAGACCUUCUACAGGCUGGAACGGAUUUCAGUACUCUUGUCGGUGCUCACAAUGAGGCGUUGGAGUCCAUGGACGUGAACGGCUAUUUGAGACAAGAUGAACUUGAAAUGGGAUUCCCAGAUGAUUGUGAUGACUUGGACGGUGAUGACGAUAGCGAUACGCUCAGUACCACCGAUUCGGAGCAAACCAUCACUGAGUAUAUCGACAAGGAGGAGACUGGAGGUGACAAACCUCGGCAGCUUGUGGAGGAUGAGCAGCGUGAGACAGGCAGCGUACGCUAUGAAGUUUACUGGACAUACCUGACCUCAGUUUCUCAUGGCGCAUACAUUCCAGUUAUCAUUCUGGUACAAGUACUCUUUCAAGUAUUGCAGAUAGGGAGCAGUUACUGGAUGGCGUGGGCGACUCCUGCUGUAGCAGGAGAGGAGCAGAAAGUGAACAAUCUCACGCUCAUCCUUGUCUAUGUGUCGUUGGCUUUCGGUAGUUCUAUAUUUGUUUUCUGUCGGGCCAUGCUGGUCUCGUUCGUAGGACUUUUGACGGCUCAAAAGUACUUUCUGAACAUGCUUCGAAAUAUAUUCCGGGCUCCAAUGGCAUUUUUUGAUUCAACACCUACUGGUCGGAUCUUGAGCAGAGCAUCCUCUGACCAGAGUGUACUGGAUCUGAACAUGCACUUCCGAUUUAGUGGUAUGAUGGUGGCAAGUGUGCAGCUGGUUGGUGUUAUUGCUGUGAUGUCACAAGUAACAUGGGAAGUGUUAAUUCUUUUUGCGCCAGUAGUUGCUAUUUGCAUCUGUAUUCAGCGCUACUACAUGGCAUCGGCCAGAGAAUUGUCACGACUGGUGGGCAUCCAAAAGUCUCCAAUCGUUCACCAUUAUUCGGAGUCAAUAUAUGGAGCAGCCACAAUCAGAGGUUUCGGGCAAGAACAGCGAUUCAUGAAAACUAAUCUCAAGCUAUUCGACCGAUAUGCACGUCCGUUCUUUCACAACUUCUCAGCUAUCGAGUGGUUGAUCAUCAGGAUGGAAAUUCUUUCCACCUUCGUAUUUGCUUCCUCGAUGAUGAUUGUCAUCAUGUUUCCACCCGGCAUAAUAGAUCCAAGCAUGGCAGGUCUUGCUGUUACUUAUGGGUUGCAGUUGAACGCUAUGCAGUCUCGAUGGGUGUGGAAUUUGUGCAAUGUGGAAAAUAAGAUCAUUUCAGUUGAACGGAUUCAACAGUUUACAAAGCUGCCAAGUGAAGCUCCUCUGGAGAUUGAGGGUUGUCGUCCUCCAAAAAAUUGGCCUAUAUAUGGAACAAUCAAGCUUCAACAUUUGCAGGUACGAUAUAGCGAGCACAGUCCAUUGGUGUUACAUGGCAUCACCUGUACAUUUCCAGGAGGAAAGAAGAUUGGUGUCGUUGGACGUACGGGUAGUGGAAAGUCCACUCUCAUACAAGCUAUUUUUCGAAUGGUAGAACCAGCUGGGGGCAAGAUCUUGAUCGAUGGGGUUGACAUCACCACGAUCGGACUUCAUGAUCUGCGGUCUAGACUAAGCAUCAUCCCACAGGAUCCUACUCUUUUUGAAGGAACGAUAAGAGGAAACCUCGAUCCUAUGGAGGAACAUAGCGAUGCAGAAAUAUGGGAGGCUCUGGAUAAGUGCCAACUAGGAGAUGUAGUGCGAGGGAAGGAAGAAAAGCUGGAGGCGUCAGUCAGUGAGAAUGGAGAGAACUGGAGCGUGGGACAAAGGCAGCUGCUUUGCAUGGGGAGAGCACUACUUAAACGCACUCGAAUACUGGUGCUAGAUGAAGCAACUGCUUCUGUUGAUAGUGCAACAGAUGGUGUUAUCCAGCGCACCAUUCGGUCAGAGUUUGCAGCUUGCACUGUCGUUACGGUUGCCCAUCGUAUUCCCACUGUUGUUGAUAGCGACUAUGUACUGGUUCUCUCUGAUGGCUUGGUUGCAGAAUAUGAUGCUCCCAUGAGACUCUUGGAAGACAAAUGUACCUACUUUUCGAGGCUUGUAAGGGAGUAUUCCUUCAAGUCUUUCUGAUCCCGCAGGCAUGGGCCGAUCACAAAGCUUCGCAACAUUUUCCCACUGUCUAGACUGAUCUGUCGGGAAAAUGAAUACCUACUACUGGCGCUUGUGUCAAAUUGUAAAUCCUCUGUACAUAUCAGAUACCUGAUCGCUGUUCUCCUUUGGUCAUGAUAUAAUUGCAUCGUAGAGAAAGUCAAGCUAGCAUGGGCUUUCCAUUCUAUUUCACCGACAGGUUGUAUUGGAACAUUGUUUGUAAUACUAGAACUUUUGUAGAAUCAUCGAGCUGGUUUUAGUAGUGAGCUCAGAGCCUAGAAUGGAAGGCGCUUGUAUAUUGAAGCCGAGCGUGCCUUCCGUCAGAGGUUGAACUUCGGGAUUCGUAAGAUUUCCUCCCAGCCACAUUGUGGCAAAUUUUGCAGUUCACUUGUAGAGGCCAACACUAGGUCCGGGUUGUUCUUGACGAUAUCCCCCUUUACUUCCCAUUGUAUUGGUUUUUACUCCCAUUUUGAGGAUUUCCCCCCUUCUACCUGAAAAUAAGGAACCACUUCUUAAAACUUAGGACUGGCCAAAGCUGUGGUUUGCUCCGCAGCAUUACCCAGUGCUGCAUAUUGAGUCACAAAGCCUCUGCUACGUGGGGAUAACAUCUGAAGUUAGUUAGUUUCGUAACAGUCAGAGAACGAGGGCCGUAGAAUCUUUUCUGACAGACUUGAAUUGGUUAAAGCAAACGUUAUGGCACCGCUCUAUUACGAGCUGAUAGCCCACACUUGCAUUAUCUCCCAAAGGAUUUGUACUCUGUAAUUGUUGUUGUAAACUGAAGUUUGCUCGCACUAUUCUGGAGAGAUCUCACUUGAGAGCCAGCUAGCAAACUAGAUUACCUCUCCAGAUAUCUUGCACAUUGUCCAGGAGGAGAAAACUUCAGAAGACGCUGGAUAAGAGUAGAUGUCGAUUUACGAUUCUCUAUGCUUUGAAUUCGUGGAAACCUUGGAACUGCUUCUAGGCUUUUUUUGUAAAUCGUAAUGUUUUCAAAAAUGUCAUAUACAUUUUUUGGAAAAGGUAUGGAACGUUGGGUAGUGUCUUGCUCCUAUUCUAAGCAGAACAAGCCAUAUGUUUCGCCAUAUUACGAUCCUUGCUGCGUCAUGUACAUGCUGUUUCAAGAAAAACAGCUUUGCCAUUUUUAAUUUAUGGGCCGAG